CUAAGUCAGCCAUGCUUGUUUGAAUCAAGAUGUUCUACCAUAUCUCACUGGAACAUGAAAUCUUGCUUCAUCCACGGUACUUUGGGCCGAACUUGCUGCAAACUGUGAAGCAGAAGUUGUUCACUGAAGUUGAAGGGACCUGUAGCGGAAAGUAUGGUUUUAUUAUAGCUGUCACCACUAUUGACAACAUAGGAGUCGGUCACAUCCAACCAGGACGUGGAUUUGUUGUGUAUCCUGUUAAAUAUAAGGCUAUUGUUUUCAGGCCUUUUAAAGGAGAAGUUCUGGAUGCGGUAGUCACACAAGUAAACAAGGUUGGGUUGUUCACUGAGAUUGGACCUCUUUCAUGCUUUGUGUCACGACAUGUAAGUAUCUUCUAAGAUUGACUGCUUUGUGGAAGGUAACCCUGUACAAUUUCUCUACUAAGUGACAUUGUGAUUCAACAGGAUGAUGAAAUUCGUCUCAGAGUAGUAGGAACCAGGGUUGAUGCUAAUGACAUUUUUGCUAUUGGUUCACUGAUGGAUGAUUAUCUAGGUCUUGUCAGUUGAUAAAGCUGUUUAUUAUUCUGUUUUCACUGCCAAGAAACUGAGUGAACCUUGCAGAUUUAUUUAGAGAUCUUCAAAGUGUUCAUGGAUAUCACACUGUACAUAUGUAUUUUAAAAUGACACAGCCCAAUGAAGGGUUCCCAACGGAUUGUCAUUGUGUUUGUUGUAUUUAUUUAACUUUGUAGACCUAAAAAGUGUUUUCUCUUAAUACCUUUUCAUUCAAAUCACCUCAAAGCUACUGUUUGUGAUGGAAAAAUUAUAGUUUUUAAGAUUCAUAUAGCCAAUGGGCUUGUUAUACUGAAUAACUUGAAUACUUAAAAUGUUGCUUGUAUAGAAUCCUAUGACAUUGCUAGGCAUCUUUUGUAAAAUUAAACCUCUUUUGUUUUUUUUACAAA